AUGGCAGUCAAGUUUGCAGAACAGAACAGAAGAGAACAGAACAGAACGCGAAGCGACGAGAGAUUGAAAAGGUGGAGGAGAGGAACUAGACUUCUUGAUUUUAGUUUUGAGUUUGAAUCCGAGUUUGAUGAUAUCGAUAUCGAGUUCUUACUUGUGGACUUGUGGGAAUCAUGGAUGGGUAUAGGAUGGUAG